AUGUCGCACGCACAGGAUCCCACCAUUGGCGACGAAGAGCUGGCCACCACCGCCACCGCCGGCUACAAGGUCGGGGAAAAGAAGUCGCUCGCCGAGUACUCGCAGCUCGAUGCUGAGGACGAAUCGCUCGCAAGAUGGAAGGCGAGCCUCGGUAUCGGUGCUUCCACCGGAGCUGUUGACCCAAAUGCUCCCAAGCUCUCCCUUCACAGCCUCUCGCUGGUAUCGUCAACGGCCCCUGGUGGCAGCGUCUCGAUCAACCUGCAGCAGUCCAAGGAGCAGCUCGCUCAGAUCAAGCAGAACCCGCUCACGGUCAAGGAGGGUGUCGAGUACAGUGUCAAGAUCCGCUUUGCUGUGGGAAGCGACAUUCUUUCGGGUCUCAAAUACGUCCAGGUGGUCAAGCGAGCAGGCAUCAAGGUCGACAAGAUGGAGGAGAUGAUCGGCUCGUAUGGACCGCGUCCCGAGCCUUACGAGAAGACCUUUGCUUCGAGCGAGGCACCCAGCGGCAUGAUGGCCCGCGGCAACUACAGCGUUCGCAGCCGUGUGGUGGAUGACGACAACAACGUCUUUGCUGAUUGGGAAUGGGCUUUCAAGAUCGCCAAGGACUGGUGA